AUGGAGAGUCUUGAUGACAGAGUGUUGCUGAUGAUCAUCGAGCUGCUCGACAACCUGGUGGAUGGCGUGUGUCUCGUGUUGGUGUCCAAGCGCCUCUUCACAUUGGCAUCCAAGAUCAGGCACUGGGGCCACACAUUCCCCGAACACGAUUCUGACGAAUGCCGCCUCUCACUCCGAUCGUUCAAAGCUUCUUGCGACCUCACGCACAGUGACUUCUAUCGAGAAUACAUCGUGACCGAGCUGCCCGCACCCGCCUCGCCCAACGCGGGGCUCGUCGCCUGUCUCGACAAUGACAGCUGCCAGCCCACGCCACACUCGAUCCCAAGAUGGGCCAAGACUCUGUGGCUGUGCCACAACAAGCCAACGAUUGCACAGGGCAUCAUCCCAGACACCGUGACCGCAAUCACAUGUGUCUGUGCAGGUGUCAUCGAGCAGUUCCCCACCGGACUGCAGUCGAUCUCACUGCGCGACACCCCACUGGUCGCCCGCCUCCCAGACUCUGUGACGGAGAUGUCGUUGUUCAGAGAAAGCGACUGGUCCAGGCAAUACACAACACAACUUCCCGACACUCCCCUGGUGUUGGCGUCACUCCCAUCAUCGUUGGUCUCACUCACCAUUAGCAAUAACAACUCUGACCGCACUAGCCGGGUGACAAUUCCGCUGCGCGCGCUGCCCAGCACGAUUCGCACUCUGACCAUCAAAGGCUAUGUGAAUAUUGAAGACCAGGACAUACUCCUUCAACUGCCUCUCGAGAGCAUUCACGCCAACGUUCGUUAUUUGCCGUCCGGCAUCAAGAGGGCCAACUUGGAGCAAGCGUCGCUCAGCCAAUACAACAUGUAUCCUCGUCUCGAGUCACUCACAAUUGACGAGUGGAUGGUAACACAAUAUCCGGACGGCUAUCCAGACACGCCACACGAGGGGUUCCCUCCCAUCUUCGAGCCCCCCUCAGUCUACGAACCUGCGCUCUUCCCAUCGCUCACGGAGCUCAACAUUGGAAAGACACACCGCCUUGUCCCCGGCAACAUCCCGCCAUCGGUUACCAAGCUCUCGGUGGGCCGAGUGGAUGGCAGACUGGACUGCGGCAGCAUCCCGUCGUCGGUGGUCGAUCUCCAGCUCGGCCGAAUAGGACUGCGCGACAACGCUGGUGUGAUCCCUCCCAGCGUGACCAGACUCAGCAUUCAAGACUUUGGCGGGCUCGCCGACAACGAGCGUCUCAUACUUCCGGCCAGUCUCACCGACUUCACACACUUUGGUUACGAGCGACCGUGCUCGUUCGACCUGCCACCGACGGCCACGCGUCUUCACCUCAGCGCCAUCAACGGCACGGUGAUUCCGGCGAGUGUCACGCAUCUUACACUGGGCACCACGCUUGUCGAUGUAUCUGCUCUGCCACCAGGCCUGGUGACGUUCCACUACGCCGCCAGAGAUAUCUUUUACUACAAAGGCGCCCAUGCACAUGAUGUGUACAACCUGCCCGAGCCCACAGCAUCGCCACUGUUGCCGCAUGGCGUACCAAAUAUUAGAGUGGACCGACCGAUACACAGCAAGAUACAUCCUCUCCGCCUCCCAUUGUCUCUCUUUACCAGUGUGCCAGCACUCCACCUUGUGAUGGCCGAGAAUGAUGAAGACACUUGUCUGCUCGAGUUGAGCUCUCGCCAUCUUGGAAACGGUCAUAUAUUGUUGCUGGAGAACAUAUCACUGCGUGGCGGCAUCAUUCCAAUCGGACACCUCCCACCUGACUAUGACAUGAUGCAGAUCAUCUCCAAGCUAGAUUGUGUCCUCUGGAACGACCAUCUGUACGAUUGA